CAUGCGCAGAAAGUAGAUGGAAGCGCAAGUGCCGAAGUUGCAAAUUUCCAAAGAAAACCGGCUUAGUAUUUCGUUAGAUUUGCAGGACAGCAUUCAUUUAAAUUCAUUUUAGUCAAAUCCAGGUACAACAGACAAAAUGGCGAGCGUCUCUUACCAUAUCGCCAAUCUUCUGGAGAAGAUGACAUCAAAUGACAAGGACUUUCGCUUUAUGGCCACAAAUGAUCUGAUGACAGAGUUACAGAAGGAUUCUAUCAAACUUGAUGAUGACAGUGAAAGAAAGGUUGUCAAAAUGCUGCUCAAACUUCUAGAGGACAAAAAUGGCGAGGUUCAAAAUCUUGCAGUUAAAUGCCUUGGUCCCUUGGUGAAUAAAGUGAAGGAAUUCCAAGUGGAAACCAUUGUAGAGACAUUAUGCAGCAAUAUGUUGUCUGACAAAGAACAGCUGAGAGAUAUUUCAAGCAUUGGUUUAAAGACAGUUAUAAGUGAGUUACCUCCAUCAUCAACGGCCCUUGCUGCCAGUAUCUGUAAGAAAAUUACAGGACGUCUCACCAGUGCAAUUUCAAAGCAGGAGGAUAUGUCCGUACAAUUAGAAGCUCUUGACAUUCUGGGAGAUUUGCUGAGUAGAUUUGGAGGACUGUUGAUAAGUUUUCAUCCAACCAUAUUACAAUCAUUGACACCACAGCUGUCAAGUCAGAGAUUGGCUGUAAGAAAGAGGGCCAUCAUUGCAAUAGGCUACCUUGUAAUGAGCUGUAACAACACAUUGUUUGUGGAGCUAAUAGAUUACCUGUUGUCAGAAUUGGCAAAGAACAGUAGUACAUCCACUACUAGAACAUAUAUCCAGUGUGUUGGAGCCAUUAGCCGACAAGCGGGACACAGAUUUGGAGAGCACUUAGAAAAGAUCAUGCCACACAUUAUCAAAUUCUGUCGCUUAGAAGACGAUGAACUCAGAGAGUACUGUCUACAGGCUUUUGAAUCAUUUGUCAGAAGAUGUCCGAAAGAAAUCUCACCUUUUGUUUCUGAUAUAAUACAGAUAUGUUUGAAGUAUAUUUGCCAUGACCCGAAUUAUAAUUAUGAUGAUGAUGAUGACAAUGAUAUGGAGAUGGAAGCUGAUGAGGAGGAGGAAGAGGGAUCCGAUGAAGAGUACAGUGACGAUGAUGAUAUGUCCUGGAAAGUUAGACGUGCUGCUGCCAAAUGUCUGUCUGCCGUCAUAGCAACCAGACACGAGAUGCUCUCAGAUUUCUAUAAAGUUGUCUCCCCUGCACUGAUACAAAGAUUUAAAGAGAGAGAAGAGAAUGUAAAGGCAGAUAUAUUCCAGGCAUAUAUCACAUUGUUACGACAGACACGACCCACAGUCUCCCCUGAUCCAGAUGCCAUGGAGCAAGAAGAAGGUCCAGUUUCAAUGCUUCAAACACAGAUUCCAGAUAUUGUGAAAGCCAUUCAUAAACAACUGAAGGAGAAAAGUGUGAAGACAAGACAAGGCUGCUUUAGCUUACUUACUGAACUUGUAUUAGUACUGCCUGGUGCCCUCACAGACCAUCUACCUAUGCUGGUACCUGGCAUACAGUAUGCCCUUGGUGACAAGAAUUCUACAUCCAACAUGAAGAUUGAUACACUGGCUUUCCUCAACUGCUUACUGAGUAAUCAUAGUCCUGUAGUGUUUCAUCCACAUAUUGCAGUUAUAGUUCCACCUAUUGUACAUGCAGUUGCAGACCCAUUUUACAAAAUCACAUCAGAAGCUCUUCUGGUUACACAACAGCUGGUGAAGGUUAUCAGACCAUUAGAUAUACAGACAUCAUUUGACUUUAAACCAUAUGUUCGUGAGGUGUAUGGAUGUACAUUAACAAGACUGAAAGCUGCAGACAUAGACCAGGAGGUGAAGGAACGUGCCAUCUCUUGCAUGGGACAGAUUAUACGGAAUCUUGGAGAUGUUUUGUCGUCAGAACUUAAGGAAUGCCUACCUAUAUUCCUAGAAAGGUUAAAGAAUGAAAUAACGAGGUUGACAGCAGUCAAAGCUUUAACCAUGAUUGCUGGAUCUCCUUUGAAGAUAGAUCUCCGACCUAUUUUGACUGAUGGAAUACCAAUACUAGCAUCUUUCUUAAGGAAAAAUCAGAGAGCACUGAAACUGAGUACAUUAGCUUGUCUCGAUGUCCUGGUCAGAAAUUAUGGUUCUGCAUUGACUGCCAGUAUGAUCAGUGAGAUGAUGAAGGAAAUGCCGCCCCUCAUCAACGAAAAUGAUCUACACGUGUCACAGCUGACACUGAACCUGUUAUCAUCCAUAUCUAAGAUACACAAGCAGUCAAUGGCGACUGUCCCCAACGAGAUACUUCCACAGAUUCUUGUGCUCAUUCAGUCCCCGCUGCUGCAGGGCGGGGCAUUAGGGGCCAUGUUAGAAUUUUUCCAGGCUAUAGUCGGAUUACCGAAGCUAGGCUUCAAGGAUCUGUUACAGAUGUUGAUCAAACCAGUAUACAGCCCUGCCACUCACGCACACAACCAGGCCUUUUCAAUACACAAACAGGCUUUCCACUCUAUUGCAAAAUGUGUUGCUGCCCUGACUGUGAUGUCACCUAAUGAAGCCACAAAUGUUGUAAACCAGUUUGUCAAUGAUGUUAAGAACACCAAAUCAACAGACUCAAUAAGACUGUUUGCACUGUUGGCACUGGGAGAAAUUGGAAAACACUUAGAUUUAAGUGGCCAGGGUGAGAUACAAACUGUGAUACUAGAUGCUUUCUCAUCACAAAAUGAAGAGGUUAAAGCAGCUGCCUCAUAUGCUUUAGGUAAUGUGAGUGUGGGUAAUUUGAACAAAUUUCUUCCGUUUGUGUUACAAGAGAUUGAAAGUCAGCCAAAAAGACAAUAUUUACUGUUACAUUCACUGAAAGAGAUUAUUAGUUGUGAAUCCGCCUCACCUGCAGGAGUAAGCAACCUUAAACCUUAUGUACAGACAAUAUGGAACAUGUUAUUUACACACUGUGAAUGUCCGGAGGAGGGUACAAGGAAUGUGGUUUCAGAAUGUCUCGGUAAACUGACGUUGAUGGAUCCCCAGACAUUACUUGCUAGUCUGAAGAAAUAUCUCACCUCUCAGUCAGCUUUAACUAGAAGUACUGUGGUUACAGCAAUCAAAUUUACCAUAUCAGAUCAGCCACAAGGCAUAGACCAGUUAUUGCGAACCUGUAUCGGCGAGUUCCUUCAAACUUUACAGGAUCCAGACUUGAAUGUUAGACGUGUAGCUUUGGUAACGUUUAACUCGGCAGCUCACAAUAAACCGGCAUUGAUCAGAGAUCUUUUAGAAAGUGUUCUACCCCAUUUAUAUAAUGAAACUAAAGUUAGAAAAGAGCUUAUUCGUGAGGUAGAAAUGGGUCCGUUCAAACAUACACUAGAUGACGGCCUUGAUAUAAGAAAGGCUGCAUUUGAGUGUAUGUAUACAUUACUGGACUCCUGUCUGGACAGAAUAGACAUUUUUGAAUUCCUGAAUCACGUAGAAGAUGGCCUAAAAGACCACUACGAUAUCAAAAUGUUGACUUAUUUAAUGUUGGUACGGCUGUCACAUCUGUGUCCAAGUGCAGUAUUACAAAGACUAGACAGGUUGGUGGAGCCUUUGAGAGCAACAUGUACAACAAAGGUGAAAGCAAAUUCUGUGAAACAAGAGUUUGAGAAACAAGAUGAAUUGAAACGAUCGGCCAUGAGAGCUGUUGCAGCAUUAUUGUCCGUUCCUGAUGCAGAUAAAAGCCCACAGAUGAAUGAAUUUCUUACACAGAUUAAAUCCAACUCAGAUCUUACACAAAUGUUUGAGAAUAUUCAGAAGGACGCCAUGGCAACAUCAUCCGACACCAUUGUCAUGGAUACGAGCUGAGGUCUUGUUAUCAUAUAGACAGUUUUUCACAAUAUUGUUGAUUUUUGUUUAGGGACAGACUUAGUAACUAGGUCGUGUACACAGCCAUACAGCAUACCAAAUGC